AUGGGGUGCGGCGCUUCCGCGGGAGGUGGCAAGGACUCUGGCAACGGUAGUGGGAAGAAGUCUACAACAGGUUUUGCCUCGUCAAGCCUGAUCGUUGACAAUCAGGGCAAGAUCACCCAGUUUUACGACAUUGACAAGAAGAAAAUCGGCGAGGGCUCAUAUGGCUCUGUUUGCAAAGCACGAAACAAGGCCACGAAAGCCAUGCGUGCGAUCAAGACAAUCAACAAAGCAGCCCUGAAGAGUCCUGAAGCCUUCCGAAAGGAGAUUCAGAUCAUGAAGAUCCUGGACCACCCCAACAUUUGCAAGCUCUAUGAAUCGUUCCAAGAUCAUCGCAACAUCUACCUGGUGCUUGAGCUUUGCACUGGUGGUGAGCUAUUCGAUCGAAUCAUCGAGUAUGGCCAUCUGACCGAAAAGCAGGCCGCAUUGCUGAUGCAGAACAUGUUCAGGGCCAUCUACUACAUGCACCAGUCCCACUACACACACCGAGAUCUCAAGCCUGAGAACUUCAUCUUCACAACCAAGGAAGCCAUCGAGAAAAGCACCUUGAAGUUGAUCGACUUCGGACUGGCGCGGGAGUUCACAGCGGAGCAGGUUCUGAAUACAAAGGCUGGCACGCCGUACUACGUGGCACCACAGGUCUUGGCAGGAAAGUAUGACCACAUGGCCGACAUGUGGAGCUUGGGUGUGAUCAUGUAUGUUAUGCUGUGUGGCUACCCGCCCUUUUAUGGAGAUUCGGACCAGGAAGUUCUUGACGAGGUGCGUCAGGGAAAAGUCAAGUUCCAGCCCGCUGACUGGAAAAAUGUGUCUGAUGACGCGAAGGCAUUGAUCAAGAAUCUCCUGCAGAUGAAUCCAAAGGAGCGAUAUACUGCAGAGCAAGCAUUGAAUGAUGUUUGGAUCAAAGAGAAGGCCCCAAAAGCCAAGGAUGUAAACCUGCAGGAUGGGUUUGUCGACAAACUUCGAGGCUUCCUUUCGCAGAAUAAGCUGAAGAAAGCUGCCUUGCAAGUCAUCGCGAGUAGUCUCGAUGACAAGCAGAUCCAGGCCCUCAAAGAAACCUUCAUGUCCUUGGACGAGAAUGGGGACGGUCUGUUAACUGCAGCCGAGCUCAAAGCAGGCUUGGAGAAGGGCGGUGUGAUGGAUAUAGCAGCGGAUUUGCAGGAAAUCAUGAAAAGCAUCGAUGCUGAUGGAAGCGGCGUUAUCGAUUACACGGAAUUUCUUGCUGCCACGCUGGACAGAAAGCAUUACAUGGAGGAAGACGCAUGCUGGCAAGCCUUCCGUGUUUUCGAUCGCGAUGGUAAUGGAACAAUCAGCCAAAAAGAGCUUGCAGAAGUGCUGGCAAGCGACGACGUGCAGGGCAAGUUUCACAAGGAUUUGGCAGAGUUGUUAAAGCAGGUCGACACGAAUGGGGACGGAGAAAUCGAUUUCCAGGAGUUUAUGGAAAUGAUGAGGACGAUGCGCACAACACAGGUGCCACCCUGGCGUAACGGUCCGCAGGUGAGGCCGCAUUUGUUGCCUGUGGUUCCUGCCAGCGGAGAUGCUUUGCAGCGGUCUCCCGUGCUCUCGCAGCGGCUGGAACCAGUUGAAGAAACUGCCAUGCUCUCCAACGUGCUGAGCACACUGCUUCCAGUGCCAUCGAAGCACUCCAGGCUGCCACGGGCGCACGAACAGGAUGCCGCGUCCGUGCCGAUCUCGCCCGGCAGCGUGUUCAGCAGCGGCUCGAAUGUGGUGUCGGAGGACGAGGAUCGCGAGCGCAGUGAGGUGCUUGCCUUCUGCAGUUCUCUUGUAAGACGAUUUGGCAACACGACCAGGGCGUUUCGUGCGAUGAAGCGGGCAGUGCAAGUUGCCCACGGCGCCGGUCAUCGGAAGGCGUCGAGCAGUCAAGAACUCGAGCCUCUGAGCAAGUCGGAGUUCGAAUGGUGUGUGACAUCCCUGAUGCGGCACGGCAAUCGUGGCCUCGCGCCUGUUCGUGUCGCAGCAUUGGAGACCGGGAACGGGAGCAUUCCGGUCUCCAGCUUCAGUCGAAACAUGGACUGGGUUGAGGAUCUCCUGUCGCUCUUCCAAGUUCGCCAGAGCUUGCUCGAUCGCUUCGGCUCUUUUGCGGAGAUAGAGGAAGCUCUUCGCUGGGCGACAUAUCCAGCCAUGAAUGUUGAGACCCUGCAGAGUUGUUUCAAUCCGCUGCAGAUGCCUCCGGCUGGCAGCGUCUCCAGACGAGAAUUCGUGUCAGCAGUGAGCACACUGGGGGUCACUGCCAGCCAGGCGGUGCACCUCUUUUUCCUGCUGGACCACGUCGGUAAGGGUUCGAUCGAGCUGUCGCAAUUUAUUCACGCCCUCGAAGAGAUUCCAUCGGAGCUCACUUGGCGAGACCUUCGUCAACGGCUCUUGCUCAGGAACGGCUCGAUGGCCGAGGCGCUUCGUUCGGUGACCUACCCCGACUUGUCUGAGUCUGAGCUCGGACGCUACGUGGCGAAUUGCGAGAUUCCCGACUUCCAACUUGGAGAGGGCAGCUCCUUGAAGGGUUGCCUGCGCGUGGCCGCGCCGGCCAUCAGCCUCCAGGACUUCUGGCAGCGCGUGGCCUCCGAGUGGCCCCAGGUGUUGGAGGCCUCCGCGGCCGCGACCUCGGCGACCGCGGGGCGGAGGCGCGCCGAGGACCAGAAGGACGCGACCGCCGAAGCCGCGCUCACGCCGCUGCAGGCGUUGCAGCGUCUGGAAGCGCUGCUCGCGGAGCUAUUGCCGGAGUUCCAAGCGGUUCCCCCUUCGACCUUGGACAGCGCUUUGGUCCUGCCUUGUCUGUCCUUCGAGAUGUUCGAUUGCCUGGCUGAGCAUGUUGAUGUCUCGCAGGAAAACGCCCUAGAGCUUUUCCGCUGCAUUGCGUCGAGUGCUGCAGCUUUAGACAGAAAGACGGGCGAAGCACUCGAGCUGGGCCAGCUGGCCGCGACUUCUAUUUUCGUGGAAGACUUCGCCGAGCAGCUCACGAUGUGGUCGGCUUUUGAGCCGAAAGGUUCCAAAAGGGUCAGGGCGGCAGACAGGGUGCGUCAGGUGGUGGCUCCUGUGAGAGCCGCUAUUUCUGCCUUGAAGGCAGAGCUCACAACAACCGCCAUCCCUGCUCACAGUGAAGAGACCUCGGAGCCAUCCCUUCUGGAACCACCGCGCUCCAAGGCGCGGAGGCGCUCACAGUUGCCGUGGUGCGCAUAUUACCGCUGUCGCCCUGCCGGCCCUGCCUAG